CAUUGAAUGGUAAAUCAUUGAAGUUACUCCUCUAUGAGGUUAAAAUAAGUUCCAUCGCAGGUGAUUCAAAAGAAGCGUGGUGGAUAAUAAGAAAACAAAAGCAAAAAUGUGCAGUCUUGAGAAGCGUGGCAACCUAUGGAUUCUAACAAUCACCGGCGACGACCAAAACCGCCUCAAUCCAAACCUAAUUUCAUCUCUCCUCUCAACUCUCACAACUCUCUCUUCUCAAUCCACUCCCGGCUCCGUCCUCAUCACCACCGCCACCGGCACCCGUUUCUUCUCCAACGGCUUCGACUUACUCUGGGCCCGAUCCGCCACCUCUCCAUCCGCCGCAACCGAACGCCUUCAUUCCAUGGUCCAGUCCCUCAAACCUGUCGCCGCAGCUCUUAUGUCUCUCCCCAUGCCGACAAUCGCCGCUAUCAACGGCCACGCCUCCGCCGCCGGAUUUUUGCUUGCGAUCUGUCAUGACUAUGUUUUGAUGAGGAGUGAUCAAGGUGUGUUGUAUAUGCCAGAGGUGAACCUUGGAUUGCCGUUGCCGGAUUAUUUUGCGGCUGUGUUUGGAGAGAAGAUUAAGUCUCCGGUGGUGUUAAGGGAUGUGUUGUUGGGUGGUGUGAAGAUUAAGGGGAAAGAAGCUGUGAAAUUGGGGAUUGUUGAUUCUGCGCAUGAUAGUGUGGAGAGUACUGUUGAGGCUGCUUUGCGCUUGGGGGAAGAGUUUGCAAAGAGGAAGUGGGCUGGUGAAGUUUAUGCUGAGAUAAGGAAGAGUUUGUAUCCUCAAGCUUGUUUGGUUUUGGGAUUAACUCCGAAAUCACUCGUAUCGAAGAUCUGAGUUUAAUUGAACUGAAUUUGAUUAUGUUUUAAUGAAUGUGAGCUUGCAUUGUGUUAGUGCGUCUUUUGAUUGACGAUAAGUUUGACGAAUCUUUGAAGUGUAGCCUAGCCUCUGUCAAAAUGACAGUGAUACAUCGUGAUUCAGUCAAACUUAUCAGCAAUGCAAAGAUGUACUUAGUGGAUUGUUGGAUGAAGCUGUUGAAUAAUUUAUUUAUGCAAAUUAUACCAUGUGCAUAGAGUCACAUAAAUAUAUCAAAGUUUCUUAGUAUUGUUCUCA